UAAUGUUUAUUUCAGAGUCAAAUAUAAAGUGCUCUGAUGACGAAGACGAGUUCGAAACAACAGAGGCAGACGAAGAAGAGUGGCAUAUGGAUUUUAUGCCGACUGGCUAUUUGCCCGACAGCGUGUACAGAGAGCUGGCUUGGUAUGGUAUCCUUCAGAUACAACCUUUACAUCACAGCACAAAACACAAAGUAGCCGCUCAACUAAUAUGGCAGCACACGCUUGGCAGGCCCCAUGUAAUCAUGGAAAGUCCCCCGCAGUCAACUCAAUCAGAAGGUAAAGUUAGUCGCCAAAUAUUAGCUGAAGAAGCAGCAAAGUGGUCGAGGGAACAACGCGCUGCUCAAGAGGUGCUGAUGGAGAAUAUAAAAAGUGGUGGCAACGGGCUGACUGUCAGAACUGUGGUUAGCGCUCAUCACAGAACGACGUAUAUUGUACAAAAUGGUAACUACUACAAAUGCCCUGAAGGUUCCGAACCAGAUCUAGAUGCGUACCGGGUACAGGCAAACAUGCACGAGAGAAAAUGUACGUUUGGGAAGUCUUCUAUCCCUGUUCCCAUCGAUCCAUGUAUUGAAGCAGAAGUAGCACCAAUAGAAUACUCAUUCCACGAAGGGUGGAUGUUUUGUCUCGGCAAUGGAGAGCGUGAAAAUAACUAUUUUCAAAAUGGAACCUUGGAUUGCGGUAAUAAAACAAAGGUAUCUAUUAGUGACUUUUUAGAUCAAUGUGCGAUAGAUAACAAUAUUGUAAUUUCAUUUGAUUACUUCGGUGACGAACCUAGGAAAGACAUGUUACAUAACGCUACUUUAUGCACUACUUGGGAUCCUUGUAAAUUGUCUUAUUUAUAUAGACUUGAGCCACCACCUGUUGAACUCACACCUGCCUUUCCAUCUACAACUCCCAAUCCUUGCGAGACGACAGUUUGUCCAGAAUGUAUGGAAGGUUAUACUGGCGACCAAGGAGUUCCUAUCGAUAUCGACUAGUUUUAUUUGUGGGUUAUUUUGUUAAAUAUGGAUCGCCUGCUAUAUGUGAAGAAGGAAAUUCUAA